AUGAACUCAUCGGAUAGUAUUAAAUCAACGAAAUCUCAACGUUUUUCACGUUUCAAUGCUACGCUUUGUAUUCUUUUCACCGUUGGACUUUCUUGUUUUAUGAGUAAUUUGAUGUAUAUCUAUGAUGAAGCAACGGGUAGUUUGAUGGCUUUAACAACGUCUAUCUUCACGUAUAACUGGUUUAUGCUACACGGAAAUGCGUUAACACGUGCACGUAGAGCAUUUCUUAAUGUUGCAAAUAUCUUGGAUACAUAUCAAGUUUAUAAUCGGAAAUAUGGUCAUUUCUAUCAGUCUGAUCCGGAAACACCGGGUGAUGCAGCAGAAACAUUCAAAAAAACUGUAACAUUAUCACUUGGUGAUAUUUUCAAUGAAACAACCACUAGUACAAGUGAUGAUCGAAUUAAAUUUGAAGAAGCAGUACAAAAGCAUUACACUGACGUAUAUAAAACAGUACAACGAGCGGAACGUGAAAUGAAGACAAAGACGCCAGUUGUGGAUGAAAUUGAUAUUCAACAACGGAAUAAUAAUUUAAAAGAAAUGAAAAUGAUACCAUUAUUACCGUCAAAUAAUUUAAAAAGAAAUGAAACUACAAAUAAAUCAAAUGCAACAAAAUAA